AUGUUUUCUUGUUUCUGUUUCAGCCUUCAGGAUAAUUCCUUCGGCAGCACCAUUGUAACAGAGUGUGACGAAGACACAGUCACUCUACAUGAAGAACAGACUGAUUGCUCCAGUCUCAGAGAUGAAAACAAUAAAGAAAAUUACCCUGACGCCAGGGCUCUCCUAGAGGAGUGUCCUCUGCCCUCGUGCGAGCCGCAGCAGCAUGUAGAGCAGACCUUGCUGGUGGACAGCCUGUGGCGACCCAGCAUGGGCAACUUCAAGUCCCGGAAGCCCAAGUCCAUCUUCAAAGCAGACAACGGGAGGAGCCACACAGAAAAUCAGGAGACAGAGCACCUGGCGCCUGGCCAGUUGGAGUGUCAGGGGAGAGCAGGAACGCCAGCUCAUGAGAAUCCACAAAACAACACCUUCAGGUGCCAAGAAACAGUGCAACUUCAACCAAGAAUAGACCAGAGGGCUGCCAUCUGGUCAAAGGAUGCUUUGGAAACUCGGCAGGACUUAAAUGAGGAAGAAGCUGCUCAGGUGCCUGGAGUCAAGGACCCAGCCACAGCGUCAACCCAGAGCUUGCCUGCCGAAACCGCGGAUUCUGCAGAGCCCGCACCAGUCCACAAAGACUGGCAAAAUGAAGCUGACGAUGGACCGGAUGACCUCCAGUCUGUUGGGCCCAGCAGGCUGCUUUAUCACAUAACUGAUGGGGACAAUCCACUCCUGUCACCGCGAUGCUCCAUCUUCAGCCAAAGCCAGAGAUUCAACUUAGACCCUGAGUCCGCCCCUUCCCCACCUAGCACUCAGCAGUUUAUGAUGCCCCGAAGUUCUUCACGAUGUAGCUGUGGGGAUGGCAAGGAGCCACAGACCAUUACCCAACUUACCAAGCACAUCCAGAGCCUCAAGCGGAAAAUUCGGAAAUUUGAAGAAAAAUUUGAACAAGAAAAGAAGUACCGGCCUUCACAUGGUGACAAGACUUCUAAUCCUGAAGUCCUGAAAUGGAUGAAUGAUUUGGCUAAAGGUCGUAAACAGCUCAAAGAACUAAAGCUGAAGCUGUCGGAAGAACAAGGGAGUGCCCCCAAAGGCCCACCUAGAAACCUGUUCUGUGAGCAACCCACAGUCCCCAGAGACAACGGGAAGCCAGAAGCUGCAGGCCCUGAGCCAAAUUCCUCUGGAGAGGAGACCCCAGAUGCUGUGUUGAAAUGCCUGAAGGAGAAGAGAGAGCAGCUUCCCCCCCAGGAGGAUGCUAAGGUAAUUAAGCAAGACAAGAACCUCAUAAAGCCUCUUUACGACCGAUACAGAAUUAUCAAGCAAAUCUUAUCAACACCUUCCCUAAUCCCAACAAUUGAGGAAGAGGACUCUGAUGAAGAGUGUCCACGGGGAAGCCAACAAUCUUCUUUGCCAGAUCCAGCAUCUCACAUCCCUGUUGGUGACCACCUCACCUACUCCAGUGAAAUUGAACCUGUUGGGGCCCUGCUACCAGAUGAAAAGAAAGAAGUCAAACAACCAGCCCUCUCCAUGUCCAAUUUACAUGAGGCCACCAUGCCUGUGCUUCUUGACCAUCUCCGAGAAACGAGGGCUGAUAAGAAGAGACUUCGGAAAGCCCUAAGGGAAUUUGAAGAACAGUUUUUUAAACAAACAGGAAGGUGAGUGUGGGAAGAGAUAUUUUUUAAGUUAAUAUUUCCUAGAGAACUGUUGACAGGAAUAAGCUGCAACUUUCUGCAGAAACAGGGAGUUUAUAUAAGAGGUUAAAAAUUAUCAUAUUGGCUUAGACCUAGGAUUUGUUCAAUGCAACAUUCUAUAGUGCAAUUAUUAGGAAUGUUUUAUGGGAGGCUGUAGCUGUCAAGUGUGACAUCAACCUUUAAAAACUAAAGAACCUACUCCAAACAUCCCUAACUUUGCAUAAUAAAUCUCUUUUCAAGUGUUGAAUUUAUCUAAACUUUAAAAAAAACCUAUUAAAACCAUGUUAUCAGGAGGGACAAGUCCUUGGAGAAGGAUAUCACGAUUGGUAAGGUAGAGAGAUCAGCAAAAAAGAGGAAGGCCCUCAGUGAGAUGGAUUGGCACAGUGGCUUCAACAAUGGGCUCAAACAUAGCAACGAUUGUGAGGAUGGCACAAACCAGAAAGUGUUUUGUUCUGUUGUAUAUAGGGUCGCUAUGGGUGGAACCAACUCAACGGUUCCUGAUUACUUAGUUACACAGGUAUUCCCUACUUUAUUGAAGAAUAAUUUUUCUUUUGCUUUAAAUAUCUCCUUUAAA